AUGUUUGGUUCUUCAGGGGCUCGGUCUCUGAGAAUACCUCUCAAUGCUACUGUCUCUCAGGCGGUUAGUAAAGGAAACUGGAACCUACCACCAGCUCGCUCUAAAUCGGCUGAGACUCUACAGAUCAUUCUAUCGACUAUGUCAGUCCCGUCUGCUGAAAGUGGUGGUGAUGUUUAUUUGUGGCGUAAUCAAUCUGGCGGCUUUGGUCCGUCUUUCUCUGCUCAUGUUACUUGGGAGAGGAUCCGUAUGCCUAGCCCUUUAGUUCCCUGGCAGUCCGUCGUGUGGUUCAAAGAGGAGCUCCCUCGUUGUUCCUUUAUAACUUGGACUGUCUAUCUUGGAAGAUUACCUACGAGGGACCGCUUGAUCUCAUGGAGGCUAUCUGUUCCAACAGGUUGUGUCCUAUUCUCUGCAGCUGAUGAGUCUAAUAGCCAUCUUUUCUUUGAGUGUGUUUUUGCGGCUGCUACUUGGUCUCGUUUUUGUGGCAGGUACAUGGCGUCUCCCCCGGCUUCGUUAGCGGCAGUCCUUGACUCGCACUACAAGAAAACAUAA